AUGAAUAAAUAUACAUUAGCAUUUAAGGAUGCUUAAAUUGAACAAAAAUAUUAAAAAUCACUAUUAAAAGUUAGAAGAUGGACUACAUUUUGCUUUGUGACUUUUGGAAUUUCCAUAAUAUUCAUAAUAAAAUGUGUUUAGGCAGGAGUCGAAGGAAAUAUUUAUUAGUUACUUAGUAGUGCUGUUUUGCUUAGCUACUUCUUAAUUUAAUUAAUAUUUGUUAAAUUCUAUCCAUAAUAUAUCAGAUUGGCUUUAAUUUUGGUAAAUCAUAUUAUGAAUAUUUAUUUAUAUGCACAAGAAACUAAACAAGAUCCUUAGAUGGCUAUGUUGUAGGGAAUUAAUUAAAUGGGGGCAACCUACUUAUUGGUAUUGAUAGGGGAAUAUCUUGAUGGCAUAAUUACUUUAGUGAAUUUAAGUGUAUUUAGAAUAGUAUGGGCAAUAGCAUACAGUAAUUAAAUUUAGAUUUCAGCAAUUGUGUCAUCUAUUUUGCUUAUAUUUUAUAUCAACUAUUUUAAUUACUAAUUUCAUAAAGGAAUGAGAUCAUAGUUUUUAUUAUCAUUUGUUGAUUCUAAUUUUGAAGAAUUAUUAAAGAAAUUAUCAUUUGAAUUUCCUUACAUGAUUAUAUAAUUUUAAUAAGACAAUCUAAGUUGUCAUAUAUCAUCUUCUAAUAAAUGUGAGUCAUUAUUUUUGGAUACAUUAGAAUCUAAUGAUUUUAUGAAUAAUAGUUAUGUAGAUAGCAUUCCAUUAAAGAGUUUUUUGUUUUAAUUAAUUUAAAAAUACAAUUAAGAUCAUUCAGCAAAUAGCAAUAAUGAAUUUAUAAUCAGAUAUUAGAAAAAGUCUUUUUUAAUUACAUCAACAUUAUUUUAAACGAAUUCAUUAAAGGCUCUAUUAAGUUUUAAAGAAUUUAAUAAAGUGAAUUUUUUAUAGUAACAUCUUUUAAUAAAUAGAAAUCUUUAAUUGAUGAAGAUUAUAAUAAAAUUAGCAAAGAGAUUGAAAUACUAUUCGAAUUCAAAUUAUUAAUAUUUACAAAUAUAGAGAAAAGCCUUAAUAUUAACAUUGAAUGAAAAUAUAAAUUUAUAUGAGAAUUAUAAAGAGAUCUAAGUAUUAAGUCUUAUUAAGAAAUUGCUUAAUUAUUGUAGUAAUUUAGAUGUAAAAGUAUUUACUAAUAUAAAAUUAAAUUAAACAAUUAUUACCCAUACUAAAUUAUUUGCUUUAAUAUUUUGGAUUAUUAUGGAUAAUGUAAAAAGUAAUUAAUUAAUAUUAUCUUGUUAUUAAACAGAAUAGUUCAAUUAUUAGAUAAAAUUUAUUAGUUAAUUUGAUUUAGAUAAAAUUUAAAAUCUGAUUUAUUCCAACCUCUUGAAAUACCAAAUCUUAUUUUUGGAUAUCUUUUUAAGUAAAACAGAAAUUAUUCUUGUACAUACUUGUGAAUUGGAUGUCCCAUUUUUUCUUGAUUCCAAAUGA